AUAGAUUAAGAAAACAAACCUAGCUAAAUAUAUACAUUACACAGCAGGCAAGAAUGGUCACAGUUCAGGAAGUUAGGGAUUCCCAGCGGGCCCAAGGUCCAGCCAAUGUGUUGGCCAUCGGAACCGCAACACCUCAAAAUUGUGUUGAUCAGAGCACCUAUCCCGACUUCUACUUCCGUAUCACAAACAGCGAACACAAGACCGAGCUCAAAGAGAAGUUCAAGCGCAUGUGCGAAAAAUCAAUGAUCAAGAAGCGUUACAUGUACUUAACCGAGGAAAUUCUUAAAGAAAAUCCAAAUGUAUGCGCCUACAUGGCACCCUCUAUUGACGCUAGGCAAGACAUGGUAGUGGUUGAAGUGCCUAAGCUUGGUAAAGAGGCUGCUACAAAGGCCAUCAAAGAAUGGGGUCAACCCAAGUCCAAAAUUACCCACUUAGUCUUUUGCACCACUAGUGGUGUUGACAUGCCGGGAGCGGACUACCAGCUAACCAAGUUGCUCGGCCUCCGCCCCUCGGUCAAGCGAUACAUGAUGUACCAACAAGGUUGUUUUGCCGGUGGAACCGUGCUUCGGUUAGCCAAGGACCUAGCCGAGAACAACAAGGGUGCUAGAGUUUUGGUCGUUUGCUCCGAAAUCACUGCAGUCACUUUUCGUGGGCCUAGCGAUGCCCACUUAGAUAGUCUUGUAGGCCAGGCCUUAUUUGGAGAUGGAGCUGCAGCUGUUAUUGUUGGGUCGGACCCCUUGCCCGAAGUGGAAAAGCCUUUAUUCGAACUUGUUUCCGUGGCCCAAACCAUUCUUCCGGAUAGCGAUGGGGCCAUCGAUGGCCACUUACGUGAAGUGGGGCUUACUUUUCAUUUACUGAAAGAUGUUCCCGGGCUUAUAUCCAAGAACAUAGAGAAAAGUCUGACGGAAGCCUUUCAGCCCUUGGGCAUAUCCGAUUGGAACUCAAUCUUUUGGAUUGCCCAUCCCGGUGGGCCUGCCAUAUUGGACCAAGUAGAGUCCAAGUUGGGCUUGAAGCCCGAGAAACUUCGGGCCACAAGGCAAGUGUUGAGCGACUACGGAAAUAUGUCGAGCGCGUGUGUUUUGUUUAUUCUCGACGAGAUGAGGAAGAAGUCGGCGGAGGAUGGGCUGAAGACUACCGGCGAAGGAAUCGAAUGGGGUGUGUUAUUUGGAUUUGGGCCUGGGCUAACUGUUGAGACUGUUGUCCUUCACAGUGUGAGUACUUGAUUGGGCUUAAUUAAGCCUAGCCCAUUUAACAUAUUUCUCUUUGUGUGAUGCAUUUAAUUUUUCACUAUUUAUUGCUUGCUCUUGCUCCUAAUGUCAACAUUAUAAUGUUCAUGAAUCUCACUUUUUUAUUUUUGUUCUAUUACCAUGAAUAAAAUAAUGUAUUUUGUUU